AGGUUAUGGUGCUUUCAAGACAACUGGGUCGGAGUCGGAGCACUACAGAGGGCCGAGUUGGCUGACUGUUCAAAACAAAUUUUCCCAGUCAGAGUUGUCUUGAACGCACUGAAGUCGGAGAUUUCCGAGUUCCCAGUUGUUUUGAAUGCUGCAUAUAGUGUGUGAAUUUGUCGCUGGACUGGCAGAGAACUUUCAGUCGGAACCAAGCAUAAAGUUUUUAAUUCGGUGGGUUUCUGAGGACGAUUUCAGGAUAGGAGCGUUUGCGUUUAGUAUUUUCAGUUCUACAUAAAGAGGGAACUACAAGAUAAUAUUUUGGGAUUGUUUUGCGGUUGAAUCUUUUUCAAUAGCCUACAGAAUGAAGUCUAAAAAUACAGUCAUGGGAAAGUUCCCAUAUUAAUCAUGAAGAGAGCUGAUUACUGAUGAUUUCAGAUUUACGAAGUAGGAAUUCGUAUUUUUAGGAAAAUAUCCUGCAUAGGCUACGGGAGGAAUAAUAUUGUUCCUUCAUAUGAGUCGUCCCAUAUCCUCUCUCCCGAGUUUUAUUAUAAAUUGAAAAACCAAGAUGGCGGCGGAUUCCCUACAGGGAGACGCCAGGGACCACAUGCUGGGUCUGGGUGAGAACCUGGACCUGUCAGACACCAUGGUGCAGCAGAAGUUAGAGGAGAUCAAGGACCAUAUCAAGAGGGAGAUCAGGAAGGAGUUGAAGAUCAAGGAAGGGGCUGAGAACCUGAAGAAGGUCACCACGGACAAGAAGAGCCUGGCCUACGUUGACAACCAGCUGAAGAAGAGCAACAAGAAGCUGGAGGAGCUCCACCAGGAGCUCCAGGAGCUCAACGCCCACAUCGUGGUCAAGGACCCCGAGAUCCAACUAGUUUCUGGCUGCCCUCUGACACCAGACACCCCAAGCAGUGAUUCCAGCAGAAUGUGCAGUAGCAGACUGGCUGCUCUGAAGAAGCAAAACGACAUUGAGCUCAAAUGCAAACAAGGAGCUGAGAAUAUGAUCCAGAUGUAUUCCAACGGAUCCUCCAAGGAUAAGAAGCUGCUUGCCACUGCUCAGCAGAUGCUGCAGGACAGCAAGACCAAGAUCGAGUUUAUCAGGAUGCAGAUCCUCAAAGCCAGCCAGACUGGCGAGACCAACUACAGCAAUAACCAUGUCUCAGUGUCCAAGCCCAUCAUCAGUCCUCUGGACCUGAGACUAGAAGAGCUGAGACAUCAUUCCAGGAUAGAGCAUGCUGUAGCAGAGGGGGCCAAGAACGUAAUGAUCCUACUGGGCUCUUCUGGGAAGGUUACAGAGAAGAAGGCCCACUCUGAGGCUCAAGCCCGGUUCAAUGAGUCCAAUCAGAAGUUGGACCUGCUGAAGUUAUCUCUGGAGCAGCGGCUGAGUGAACUGCCUAAGGACCAUCCUAAGAGCCUUCUCAUCAUGGAGGAACUAGCCAUGGUGGUGUCCUCCCCACUCGGCCCACGCCAGAGCAUUAUGUCUACAUACAACCAGUACAGCACGGUCACCAAGCCUGCUGCACUCACAGGAACGUUGGAGGUGCGUCUGAUGGGUUGUCAGGACCUGCUGGAGGAGGUCCCAGGCCGCUGUAAGACACCCUCGGCCUCCCUCCCCGGCUGGAGCCCAAGUGAACAGCGCUCCUCCUUCAUGUCCAGAAGCAACAAGAGCAAAGGAACCGGCUCACGCAGCCUCUCCAAGACCGACGACCUGUCCAAUGAGAUCAGUGCUGUGCUGAAGUUGGACAACACUGAAGUGGGACAGACCAGCUGGAAACCAGUCAGCAACCAGUCCUGGGACCAGAAGUUUACAUUGGAACUAGACAGGUCUCGUGAGCUGGAGAUCUCUGUCUACUGGAGGGACUGGAGAUCGCUGUGUGCCAUCAAGUUCCUACGCCUGGAAGACUUCCUGGACAACCAGCGCCAUGGCAUGUGCCUCUACCUGGAGCCUCAGGGCAAAUUGUUUGCUGAGGUUACAUUUUUCAACCCAGUUAUUGAGCGGAGGCCAAAACUUCAAAGGCAAAAGAAGAUCUUCUCCAAACAACAAGGCAAGACGUUCCUGCGUGCCCCUCAGAUGAACAUCAACAUUGCUACGUGGGGUCGUCUGGUGAGGAGAGCCAUCCCCUCUGUCAACAACUCCUUCAGUCCUGCUCAGCUGCCAGACAUGGGGACAGAGCUAGGUCCUGAGUCCCAGUCCAUCCUGCACCAGUCCCCCAGUGACCUGACAGUGACCAAACUGGAGUUUGGCAAAGAGCCCACACUUCCCCCGAAGCUUCUUCCUUCUACUGGGGAGCCCAUUCUGGAGAGCAGAACUACAGACAGAGAGAGAGUACAGAAUGCCCUGUCUACAUUUGACUUCCUGAAUGACAGCAGGAACAGUGUGUUGAACAGUAAACUAGACGACAGUGUGGCGGUAGAGCAGCCAGAUGAGAUGUCACCCGUCCAACACACCACAGAUACCAGGGAGGAGGAAGACUUCCAGUUCAGUCUCAUAGACUUUAAGUGUGUGGCAGUCCUGGGCAGAGGACACUUUGGAAAGGUGCUCCUGGCUGAGUAUGAAAGUACAGGGGAGAUGUUUGCUAUCAAGGCCCUGAAGAAAGGAGACAUUGUAUCACGUGAUGAAGUAGACAGCCUGAUGUGUGAGAAGCGUAUCUUUGAGACCGUGAACAGCGUCAGACAUCCUUUCCUGGUCAACCUGUUUGCGUGCUUCCAGACCAAGGAACACGUGUGCUUUGUCAUGGAGUAUGCGGCUGGUGGUGACCUCAUGAUGCACAUACACACGGACGUGUUCCAAGAACCCCGGGCUGUGUUCUAUGCUGCUUGUGUUGUCUUGGGAUUGCAGUAUCUUCAUGACCAUAAGAUUGUAUACAGAGACCUGAAGCUGGACAACUUGUUGCUGGACACAGAGGGAUACGUGAAGAUCGCUGACUUUGGCCUCUGUAAAGAAGGGAUGGGCUAUCAGGACCGCACCAGUACGUUCUGUGGUACUCCUGAGUUCCUGGCCCCUGAGGUGCUGACGGAGACAUCGUACACGCGGGCCGUGGACUGGUGGGGCCUGGGGGUGCUCAUCUUUGAGAUGCUGGUGGGGGAGUCCCCAUUCCCUGGUGACGAUGAAGAGGAGGUGUUUGACAGCAUCGUAAACGAUGAAGUCCGCUACCCACGAUUCCUCUCUACCGAAGCCAUCUCCAUCAUGAGAAGGCUGUUGAGGAGAAACCCAGAGAGACGUCUUGGGGCUGGUGAGAAAGAUGCAGAGGAAGUUAAGAAGCAUCCAUUCUUUAGGAGUGUGGACUGGGAUGGUCUACUGGCUAAGAAGGUGCGGCCAGAGUUCAUUCCCACCAUCAAGGGUAGAGAGGACGUCAGUAACUUUGACGACGAGUUCACCUCAGAAGCACCGAUCCUGACUCCGCCCCGGGAGCCCAGGAUUCUGACAGCCGAGGACCAGGAAAUGUUUGGUGACUUUGACUACAUCGCAGACUGGUGUUAGCCAGUCUCCUGCAGACUGGUUCUCCUCCUCAACACUACGACACCCUCCUAACACUGUGAACUGUCUGCAACAGAGGCCAACCGCAAUAACAACACUCUCUCCCUAAGGAUAUCAUAAACAUUUUGCUGCACUCUGUUCCUUGCUGUCUGUGCCAUGUAAGGGAUUGACAAUUUUAUGAAGUUUUACUCAACUUUUUUUUAAAUUCUUAUUUGUAUUUUUAACUGUCAAUUUGAGACCGCUAACAGCUGUUCUCAUUUAGUCUUGUCAGAUCACUGGGUCAUUCCACAUAAUCACCUUCUCAGAUCACUGGGUCAUUCCACAUAAUCACCUUCUCAGAUCACUGGGUCAUUCCACAUAAUCACCUUCUCAGAUCACUGGGUCAUUCCACAUAAUCACCUUCUCAGAUAAUUUUCAGCUCUUUUAGAUCUUUUUCUGAACGAAAAAGGAUAGACUGAAAAUCAAGUUAAUAGCUUAUGAGGUGUAACUGUGGCGUGUAGAAACUGAAUUAUGGCCCAAUAACAAGACAUGUAUGAAAGGCAUUAACAUAUGAUCAUUCUGACUGAUCUAGCAGGAUGUUAUUGUAUUUAGUUUUAAAUUGCCUUAAACACUUUGAUGUAACACAAUGUAAGGGCUUCCAAUCAGUAACUAUCAUCAGGUACUGAAAACCUACCAAAGCCAGCUGCCAAAAAUGCACUCUUCUCAAACUAUCUGCAUCUGACAGAAGAGACCUUGGCCAAGAGUAGAGACUGAUUGGAGCGCUUGAACCUUGUUGUAAAGCAGUUUAACUCCAAUCGAUGUUUACUCUUUGAUGGGUUUUACAUUUUUCCUCUCCCCAAACACAAACAAUCCCCAUACAUCACAUGUAUUGUGAUAUUGAAAAAAAGAAUCUAAGUUAGUUUUAUACUGUUUUAUAAGAAAGAACACUGAUGUAUAGUAUAAACAUGUUUUAUAGGAUGUUUGGAUACAGCUAUAUGGAAAUGGAGAGGCCAGACAGGCAGCUCGUGAGAGACUGAGCUAAUUUCAAAUGGAAUGUAGAAAUGUAUAUUCAUAAUAACAAAAGUGUCAUUGUUGGCGUGUGACAUCAUGCCAAAACAAGAAUAAUUUUUAGUAGUCAUUUGAAAAAGACAGUCCUAGUCUGGUGUUAUGUUUGUUAAUGUGAGGAAUGGUUCAUGAUGGUGUGAAAACCCAGCUAUUCAGUAUGUUGAUCUCAAUUUUAGAUUUGUUUUAAAUGUUCUGGGGCUCGAUGGCCAUUUUUUAGUCUGUUAGCUGAAUCAGAAUGUCUGCUGAUUGGACCAUGCUUUAUCAGUAAUUUAUACAACUAUUUUUCUGUGGCUAGCUCAUGUCAAGAAAAAAAAUGGACCACCAUAUCACAAGUAAUUAAAUACAUUCUUCAUAUAAUGGAAGCAAAGUC